AGUUGAAACCUUAUUUGAAACACAUGAGUAACGAAAUCAAAACAAUUGGAUAGAUGGCACUGUUGUUGGUGUUUCUGGCCGUGGUGGCAUCGCAGGAUGUAUUACCUCGAUCCUGCGUCGAUAUCCAGUCCGCAUCAGGGGUCUACGAAAUCCAUCCCGAGUAUGGUUUUGGUAAACCAAUUGACGUGUACUGUGAACAGAGUGCUGAGAAUGGGGGAUGGAUUGUGAUUCAAAAUCGUUUCAAUGGUUCAGUUCAUUUCUAUAGAGGCUGGAAGGAUUACGAGAACGGAUUUGGCGAUUGGCGCGGUGAAUUCUGGCUGGGUUUAAAAUCGAUUCAUCGGAUCACUUACUCCCAGUCGUAUGAGUUGCUUAUCCAGAUAGGGGAUACAGACGAUAACAUAAAGUACGCCAGAGGUGAUGGAGCAUCGAUGUGUUGGAAGGCAUUCAAAGGAUUUUACUAUGGAUUGAAAACGUCGAGAAUGAUGAUUCGUCCAGUGGGACAAACUAGUAAGUAAAGUAAGAGUAGGGGAACCGGGUAUAAAAUACGCAGAGCAUUUGCUAGUCUGUUCUUUUUUUGUGCAUUCCCAAACUUUUGUGGACCUUAUAAGACGUAAAUUUUACGAAAAGCGAAAACACAAUUUAACAAGCAUUUUUCUUGCAACUUUUGCAACUCUUCUCGUGAAUAAAAACUUCAUCUGAAUGCAACACUUUUCAUUUGUUUUUUGUCCUAAUGACGAACAUCAGUCUCAAUAUGCACCAGAGUUCGGAGAAUUAUUUAAUUGAAUUUUUAAUUUUUUUUUAUUGCACUUUUUUAUACUCAACAUUUCGAGGCAGGGCGUAGUGUGCUAUGUUCGUUUAACUAUCUACAAACGGGCAUAAAUUUCGUUAAAAUUUACAUUCAGUCAUCGUUUGGUUUGGGUACACACCCAGUUCCCCUAAAUCGUAAAUUGCAAGGAAAAUUCCAACAAUCGAGGAUCACUCAAAAAGUACAUAUUCGAAGGUAUCAAU